CUGGGGGCAGCUGGGAAAUUGACAAUAUGCCUAGCCCCAUGUCAGAUUUCAAAGUUAUAACUAAAUGCAAUUGUCACUGAAAGCAGCUUAUAUUGGCUACAUUGCUUGUUCUGAGUGUAAGUAGCACAAUAGCAGCUGAUGAACAAACGUGGAGGAAACCGAUGUGUGCUACAUUGUUUCACGAGUCACAACCAGGGAAAAGAAAUAAUAACUCAUUCUGCUUUCCAGUGCAAAUACAGUUACAAAUGUAUAAAUGCUGCUUCCAUUGCGCAAUAAAAAUGUUUUGGGGUAAGAUUCCCUUUAAGCAGCUAAACUGCAGCAGAAUAAGCAGCACAAAGUAACAUGGUAACAUGGCACAAUGGCAAAGCUACUUGUACCCUCAGAGCGAGUGUUCAGGCAGCUGAGCUCAUUUCCCAGUCCCUUCUAUCUUCUAUCUACACACAGACACACGUGACGUUUCCUGCAUGCCUUCUGCUUCACUUCCGCCAGGUUCUUGCAGGCAAUUCCGUACUUCUGCUCGCUGUGUAAUGUCCUGGUUCUUAACACCGGAUCUUUUUUCUCGGCGGAGGCAGUUUCUAGCAAAAACACAGACAAAAAGUCUCCAAAGAAGUUGGAAAAAUGAUGAAAAGGGUCUGAUGGAAUCUGAUGAACAGGAAUUCAUAAACAAAACCGACAACACAGCGUCUAAUGAAAGCAAUGCUGGAAACGUUAAUACAUGUCCUUCUGCAUCCCCCUUUUCUGAUUUGAAUGAGGUUUCACGUAAUGGCUUAACAGAUGACAGUGAGGAUGGAGUAGGGUUUAGUCACAAAACGUCCUCUGAGCCCUCUAAAGUAAGAGAGGUUUAUCUGAAUGGCAGUCCAUUUGUAGAUGAAGACAGCAAUCAGCCGAUGCCUCUGGGACUCUGUUUUGAAAAUGCAGAUCUAAUGCAGCAAUCUGGUUGCUAUUGGCCAAAUUUCCCUAGCAACCGUGCAUUGAUUUGAAUAAGAGACUGCAAUAUGAAUGGAGGUCUGAAUAGAAAGAUGAGGAAUAGUGGAGAAAAGCAAAUAAGACAUAAGGAAACAAGAAAACAAAAGCAGAGAGCAUGGAACAAAAAGAGGACCUGCCACCUGCUGUGCCUUGUUGUGCUUCGAUGAGCAGAAGAGUUCAGAAACCUGCAUUUUAGAGCAAAGGAAGAGGAGGAAGAUGAUGAUGACUAUGCUGACAGCUUGGUUAAUGAAGGAAAUAUUUAAAUAAGGAUUCUGCAGAGCCAAGCUUGAAUGUGUGUGUCCGGGGGAAACCAGAAGUAUAAAUAUUAUACUAUAAUAAUAUUAUAGUACAUUUCAUUUCUUGUAGAGGCCCAAAGGGCACAUGUAAUUUAUGUUGACAACACGCUUUGUGACCAAAAUAAAUAUUGAUUGUUCUGUA